ACAGUCUCCCUUAGGAAAAGAGGGUGGGAUCAAAGGAUAAGGGAAGCUAGUUUUAGAAGGCUGGGCAAAUAGCUGGAAUUCCGUUUCCGUUCCUGUUCCUGGGAUUUUACUAACUCCCUCAGCGGGGGAAAUCACAUAUUAUUGACACUUUUCUGUCCAUGGUGGUUUGUUUGAACCGAUGGCGUCUUCCCCGCAGAAAUCUCCGUCCUCUCCAAAGUCGUCAACUCCAAAGUCUCCGUCCUCCCGAAAGAAAGAUGACUCAUUUCUGGGGAAACUUGGUGGGACUCUGGCCAGAAGGAAAAAGGCGAAAGAAGUAUCUGAGCUGCAGGAGGAGGGGAUGAACGCCAUUAAUCUCCCCCUGAGUCCCACACCUUUUGAGCUUCAUCCUGAGGACAUCAUGCUAGAGGAAAAUGAAGUCCGCACCAUGGUGGACCCCAACUCAAAAAAUGACCAAAAACUCCAGGAGCUCAUGAAGGUGCUCAUCGACUGGAUCAAUGAUGUUCUGGUUGGGGAAAGGAUCAUCGUGAAGGACCUGGCUGAAGAUCUCUAUGACGGACAGGUUCUCCAGAAGCUCUUUGAAAAGCUUGAAGGUGAAAAGCUGAAUGUUGCAGAGGUGACCCAAUCUGAGAUUGCCCAGAAACAAAAGCUGCAGACGGUUCUGGAGAGGAUCAAUGAUGCUCUGAAGGUCUCCACCAGGAGCAUCAAGUGGAACGUCGACUCGGUUCACGCUAAGAGCAUUGUGGCCAUCCUUCACCUGUUGGUGGCGCUCUCACAGCACUUCAGAGCCCCCAUUCGCCUCCCUGACCAUGUGUCCAUUCAGGUGGUUGUGGUUCAGAAACGAGAGGGCAUUCUUCAAUCCCGUCAGGUUAUGGAGAAUAUCACUGGCAACACAGAGGCAUUAUCUGGCAGACAUGAGCGUGAUGCGUUUGAUACCUUGUUGGAUCAUGCUCCUGACAAGCUGAAUGUGGUGAAGAAGACUCUAAUCACCUUCGUCAACAAACACCUGAAUAAACUGAACUUGGAAGUAGCUGAACUGGAUACACAGUUUGCAGAUGGUGUGUAUCUGGUCCUGCUGAUGGGACUUCUGGAAGGAUACUUCGUCCCCCUCUACAACUUCUUCCUGACGCCUGAGAAUUUUGACCAAAAGGUUCAUAAUGUGUCUUUCUCCUUUGAGCUGAUGCAGGACGGUGACCUGGAGAGGCCCAAGCCCAGGCCUGAGGAUAUUGUGAAUUGUGACCUAAAAUCGACUCUCCGCGUUCUUUACAACCUUUUCACCAGGUACAGGCAUGUGGAUUGAGCUCAAAUGGGAAAUAUGUCAAUGUGGACAGCUAUUUUGAGUUUUAAUGAGGCUGACAGACAAAACAUGCUGUUAAUUAUUGCGGAGUAUUGUACAAUACCCUUAUACAACUAAUAAUUGUGACUUAAGUAUUUUUCUUGUCAUCUAGAUGGAUGUAAAAACACUAAAGAAAAUAACACUAUGAAUAUAAAUGUUUUUGAUGAUUGCAUUCACCUUUUACCUGUGGAAAUGCAAUUAGCUGUUUAAUCCUUUUGAAAUGUAUUAAUCCUAAAGCGCCUAAACAGACGUAUGAGA